UCCACAGUCUCUGUGUGUGAGAGACAGAGAAGGACAGAGGACUGAUCUGGACGUUUGAGGAUGUUCGUCCACACAGCCGGAGUGUCAUCCAGGAGACGACGAUAGGAUUACAAACAAACAAACAAACUAACAAAAAUAAACAAACACAGAGAGAGAGAGAGAGAGCAGAGGAGAUCAGAGCCCACGGGGAAGGAGAAGAGAGAGAAGCAGCAGCAGCAGCAGCAGCAACAGCAGCAGCGUUUCACAGAGGAAACAACAGAAGCACGUUUAUGUUUCUGCUCUGGAGCCUGAAACAUCACAGCUGAGGGCUUUUUCUCCUCCUGCUCCUCUGGUCUGCUCACAGACAAACAUCUGCACCAUCAUCACCAUCAUCACCACCAUCACCACCAUCAUCAUCACCAUCAUCACUGCUGCUGCUGCUGCUGAGGCUUCAGUCUCAGACCAUGAGCGAGGCGAAAAAAGGCGAGCUGGCCAUGCGGGACAAAGCCAUCCUGCACCAGCAGAGACGCCUGAAGCAGGCCACGCAGUUCACGCACAAGGACUCGGCUGACCUGCUGCCCCUGGACGGGCUCAAGAGACUGGGCACGUCCAAAGACCUGCAACCCCACAGUAUAGUGCAGCGCCGUCUGCUGGAGGGAAACAUCACGCGGCUGCGGGGGGAGGCCCGGGACACCAGCGGCAGGAUUCGCUCACCGCUGGCCGACAACAAGGAUGGGCCGCUUGACGCAGAGGAAAAGAGCGAGAGCACGGCCGACGACUCCACAGAGGAGAGGGAGUCCCUGGAGGAGAGCGAGAGGAGCCUACGGUCGGACGAGGAGGACGACAGCAGCGAGGCCGGAGCGAGACAGACGGCCGAGAAGGCCGAGGUCUCACAGAGCUCGACCCUCCUCACAGCGCUUGUUGUUCAGUGCAAGUGCUGUGAAACUGAAGUCAAGGCGUCCAUCAACACGAGCAGCCAACACAACCACAUCUCCACCACCUGCUGCAAGAGGCUGGGAUUGGUUCCAGACCAGGACACUUCACCGUCAGUGAGCGGUCUGCAGCUUCAGCUGGGCAGACAGAUGCUGCAGUGUUCAGCCCAAGUCAAAGACGACGAGGCCUUCGAGCUGUGCCUGGGUCUUCAGACUCUGUUGGAACUCAAAUGCUGCUUGGACCUGAGCCGUCGGGUCCUGAAGCUGCAGGGAAGCGGCGAGGAGCUCCCGUUCCACAACCUGUCCGUCGACAGCCAGUGCCAACAUGACUCCAACAAGAACCUGUGAGCCCGAGUCAUCGGCGGCGACCGAUCUCACCGCGGCACGGUGCCGUUUGUGUCUGGGACCAUGUGAUGACAGUGUCCCGUGCUGCCAGAGCACGGACGAGCAUUCACCGCCGCCGUUCGUCGUUGAGUUUACACCAUUGUGUUUGUAGGAUUUGCGACGUUCACCGCGAGUAUCUCUUCUGUUCAAUUAGUCUAGCACACGGAGCAGAUGAUUGCCAACCAAUCAGAUCUUUGAGUCUAAUCUUUUUUUGCAAUGAUGCUCUGUAAAAGGGAAGAAAAAAAAUGGUAAUUUAAGGUCAAAUAUUUUGUGAUUCAGCCUGAAAAAAACAACACUUUAUAAUUUUAAAAUAAAGUCACAGACUAACUGUAAAUGAAUCUAUAUCAUUCAGUUUAGAUAUUGUAAAAGGAGUAAUUUUAUAUUUUGGGACAUCUGCUAGUUUAUAAUAACUUAAAAAAAUAGGAAGCCAGUUAGCUUAGCUUAGCAUUUUACAUUAACCUUUGAAAAGCCUGUUUGCACCGACGUUGCUCUGUUCACUAGCUUGAGAAGAAUUAGUUUAACAUGAAAUAUGGGAGCGAUGAGACAUUACAAAAGCUAAUUGGCGAUGAGAUUAUGCGAACUUCCUUCGCAAUUAGAUUAGAUGUGCAAACCCCAAGCAAGAAAGACCAGGCGAAGACAGAAAGGAGAGGAAGUUGUACAAGCUCCUAACUUCUAAAAACGUGUCCCUUGAUUCAAGGUGUUGGUCAAACUAAAGUAUAAAGUAGUCAACCCUAGCAAGUUGUGUUUACUCUCGGGAACUUGUGUGAGUGACGCAAGUAAACACAAACAAUCCGGCGACCGUGAGAAUCACAUUUUGUAAGAGCGGCGGUGACUUUAUUGCAGUGGCUCUCUAUAAAUCCCCUCUAAUAAAAAUAGACGCGAGGCCAGACAAACACGGAUGACUCAGACUCAGUUACAGGAAAAAUCAAAACAUUCCAUGUGCAUGACUCUGUAAAGUUCUGCUUUUGUACAAGUCUGCAUGUUUGUGCACUCGUCUGAUUGUGUCACGUUGGACGUCAGAAGGUGCUGGAUGUGUACACUUUUGUGUGCAUGUAAUUUGUAUGUCUGUGUGAGUGUGUUUGUGGUCAAAUCGGGGGGGGGGUUCCGCCUUGCUACGGCCCAAACUUUACCCACAGAUCAAGUGAGGUUUGGUCAGAACAAGCUGCCAAAAGCCGACCCCAGCUGCCUUCCCUCUCUGCCUGUUUCAGGAGAUUUUAAGCACUCGGCCGAGAAUGCCCUACUUCAAGCUCGUCUUACUCUUCAUUCACAGGACUUUGGUCUUUUUUGUGAGUUUUUAUCCCACCUUUUGUGGCUUACGUUAUUCACUUUGAGACGUCACACUGAUUUGCCUGUUAAACAAGAACAAAAUAUGGUGGUGUUUUCACAAGUUGCAUUUCCAUCAAGUGGUACAGUGCAGUUUGGCUUUCCAUGGAAUGGUUUGGAAGAGUCAACCCAAGAGCCUCCGUUGCAGGGUACGUAGGACAAAUGGAGAUAGCAGCAUCAGAAAUACAAUUGGCCUUCAUGGUUCUUCUAUGGGGUUUAACGGCAGCUUGCAUCUAUGACAUUGCAUUACUGCCCUCUUCUGGAAUUGGAAAACGCCUCUCUUCUUGACCAAUCAAUGGACUGUAGUGUGUCCAAUUCCGUCAAGCUCCAACUUCUAGGUGCGAAACAACUGGGCUCAGUACCACAAAAAAAGGUAUUUUUUUGGUAUUUUGGUAGCACUCAAAACCUUUAACUGCCGAAAAGCUACUCUGUUGUUGUAUACAGUCAAUCUGUAAGUGGCCAUUCUGAGUACCGCAACAAAAGGGUGCGGUACAAAUCAGUUAUUUUGGUAACCCUAACAAUGUUCCACCAAGCAGUUCCACCCUGGUACGAUAUGGAACACAGUAACACAAUGGUUAGCCACUGUUGCCUUACAUCAAGAAGGCCCUGGGUUGGAAGCCUGGUCCAUCCCAGGUGCUUUGUGAGAUGUUCUUUCCAUGUUCAUGUGGAUUUUCUUUGGGUGGUUUGGUUCUCCUCUCACCAUCAUCCUACUAAUUCCCAACGAAGGCACUGAUAGUCAAUCUAGAAUUGAUUCCUGGAAGCUGCACCUGUGGAUUCAUAAUGGGUAAAAUGCGAGGAUUAGUAAAAUUACCUUAACCUUAAGUACCCCAAAAGAAUAUUUUGCUGCCCUUCACAACUACUUGACAACCGACACGCAAAUAACCGCGUAACGUACUUGACUGAAUGGAACUGUACCACUUGAUGGAAAUGGGGCUCGAGUGGUGGCAAGAGCCACCUCAGAUGUGCUCACUGAAGAACGCCACGGUCCACUUUUACAACACCUGAGCCACAACGUGCCGCCGACUGUAUCCAUCCGACCUCUUUGCUGAGGUCUUCCCCAUGUAGAUUUGCAGUGUUUGUUUCUCUUUGAUGUACUGGUGAACUUCUCGUACGAGAGGAAUCGAUGUAUGACAGAAAAUUUAUUUUUGGUGUUUCCCUUCUUCUGAACAGUAUUUUCUCUGCCUAAUAAAAAAACACGUAUUCUGGCUAA